AGGCAGGAAAUCGGGGCUGGUCCGGGGCGGCGGGCUGCCCUGUUCCUAUCUCAGCACCGCCGUUCGUUCCCCACCCCAUCCCCCAGCCCCUGGGCCUCGCCAUGGACGCAGCAGAGACAGAGCUGAGCCCAGCUCCCGAGGGCAGGAAGAGGUACAGUGACAUCUUCAAGAGCCUGGACAACCUGGAGAUAUCACUGGGGAAUGUGGUGUUCGACCCCCUGGCUGGAGACCUUGUACUCAGAGAAGACCUGGAGCCUGACCAGGCUGCCACAGCCACAGUGGUGACUGAGGAGAGCAAUGAAGCCAGCCAUUGGAGUGACCCCUCCCCAGAAGGUCCUGCACCCCUCACAGAGGAAGAACUAGACUUGCGACUCAUUCGGAGCAAGGGUGGUGUGGAUGCUGCCCUGGAGCAUGCUAAGGCAUGGAGCCGCUAUGCCAAGGAGCUGCUGGCCUGGACAGACAAGAGAGCCAACUAUGAGCUUGAGUUUGCUAAAAGUAUCGUGAAGAUCGCCGAGGCUGGCAAGGCCGCUGUUCUCCAGCAGAGCCAAAUGCCACUCCAGUACAUCUACACCUUGUUUCUGGAACAUGACCUCAGCUUGGGAGCCCUGGCCAUGGAGACGUUGGCCCAGCAGAAGAGAGACUACUACCAGCCUCUGGCGGCCAAAAGGACGGAGAUUGAGAAGUGGAGGAAGGAGUUUAAGGAGCAGUGGCUGAAAGAGCAGAAGCGCAUGAAUGAGGCGGUGCAGGCACUGCGGCGCUCCCAGCUCCAGUACUUUCAACGCAGAGAGGACCUACGUGUGCGCUCCCAGGGGUCCCCUGAGGACCCUCCUCCCCAGACAUCUCCCGCAUCCAGCAAGCAGCAGGAACGCAGACGGCGCUCCCGAGAGGAGGCACAGGCCAAGGCACAAGAGGCGGAGGCUCUGUACCAGGCCUGCGUCCGGGAGGCCAAUAGUCGCCAGCAGGAUCUGGAGACUACCAAGCGGCGGAUAGUGUCGCAUGUCCGCAAGCUGGUGGUGCAAGGAGACGAAGUGCUUAGGCGGGUGACCCUGGGUCUGUUUCAGUUGCGAGGGGCGCAGGCGGAGCGAGGACCCCGCGCCUUCUCUGCCCUGGCUGAGUGCUGUGCCCCCUUUGAACCUGGCCAGCGCUACCAGGAGUUUGUGCGAGCGCUGCAACCUGGAGCCCCGCCACCGCCAUCUCCCGCCUUCGUCUUCCAGGAGUUCACGCCUGCAGUGCACAGUUCCCCUCAGGACACAAAAAAGAAGUUCUCAGGGCCCCUACCUACGAGGCUGGAGGAGGGUUCGUCUGAGCCUGGCCCUUGGGAGGAUGCCAGCUUAGGCAGCCAGGGGAUUCCAGGCCCCACUCCAGGCAGCGAUGUGGACAGUGUAGGCGGUGGCAGUGAGUCCCGGUCCCUGGAUUCUCCUACCGCCAGCCCAGGUGCUGGCACUAGGCGGCUUGUGAAGGCGUCCUCUACAGGCACGGAGUCCUCCGAUGACUUUGAGGAGCGAGACCCUGAUCUGGGGGAUGGGCUGGAGAACGGAGUAGGCAGCCCCUUCAGGAAGUGGACCCUGUCCACGGCCGCACAGACCCACCGGCUGCGGCGGCUUCGGGGUCCAGCCAAGUGCAGAGAGUGUGAAACGUUCAUGGUCAGCGGGACAGAGUGUGAAGAGUGCUUUCUGACCUGUCACAAGCGCUGCCUGGAGACCCUCCUCAUCCUUUGCGGACACCGGCGGCUUCCGGCCAGGACGCCUCUCUUUGGGGUUGACUUCCUGCAACUCCCCAGAGAUUUCCCUGAGGAGGUACCCUUUGUGGUCACCAGAUGCACAGCUGAGAUAGAACACCGUGCCCUGGGCCUACAGGGCAUCUACCGGGUCAGUGGGUCUCGGGUGCGUGUGGAGCGGCUGUGCCAGGCCUUUGAGAAUGGGCGAGCCCUGGUGGAAUUGUCGGGGAACUCCCCUCACGAUAUCACUAGUGUCCUCAAGCGAUUUCUUCAGGAGCUCACUGAACCCGUGGUCCCCUUCCACUCCUACGACGCCUUCAUCUCUCUGGCAAAGACCCUGCAUGCAGACCCUGGGGACAACCCUGGGACCCCCAGCCCCAGCCCCGAGGUUAUCUGCUCGCUGAAGACCCUCUUGGUGCAGCUGCCCGACUCUAACUACAGCACACUGCGGCACCUGGUGGCCCAUCUGUUCAGGGUGGCUGCUCGCUUUGAAGAAAACAAGAUGUCUGCCAACAACUUGGGAAUUGUAUUUGGGCCUACGCUGCUGCGGCCACCGGAUGGACCGAGGGCCGCAGGUCCCAGCCCUGUGGCCUGUCUGCUGGACUCCGGUCACCAGGCUCAGCUUGUUGAAUUCCUCAUUGUGCACUAUGAGCAGAUCUUCGGAAUGGACGAGCUCCCUCUGGCCUCCGAGCCGCUGCACCAGGACCCUGGCCUGGCUCCCGUACACCCCCAAUCCAGCCCCCAGCCCCCAGCCCCACUUCUUGCCCAAGACACACAGCCCCUGACCAUAGCCUCAGACUCCAGCCCAGACCCCAAACACCACAGUGGCCUGGAAAAGUGUCCCGAUGUCACACCUCCUGAGAUUGCAACUCUGCAGAGAGAUCACAAGGAGGAAGAGGAGGAGGAGGAGGUAGAAGACACCAGAGAUGGAACAGGGGAAGGGCCCAGCCACGGCCCUGAGGACUUGCUCCUGGGAGCGCAAUCCCGGGGCCACUUCAGCCGGCAGCCAGUGAAGUAUCCCCGGGGAGGUAUACGGCCGGUCACUCAUCAGCUGUCCAGCUUGGCUCUGGUGGCUUCCAAGCUGUGUGAGGAAACCCCUGUCACUGUCUCGGCAGUGCCCCGAGGUAGUUUGAGGGUACGAGGCCUGGGCCCUGCUGCGGCCUCCUCCCCUGAAGGCAGCACGCUGCGCCGGAACCCUCUGCCCAAGCACUUUGAGAUCACCCAGGAGACAGCCCGGCUACUCUCCAAGCUGGACAGUGAGGCUGUGUCCAAGGCCAGCUGUUGUGCUGACCCAGAGCCUGAGGAAUCUGAGGAGCAUCUCUGACCACCUACCAUCGCAACGGACCCAGAACUGAGUUGAUGGCCCUACAUAUCUCCCUAGAUGCCCCCUGCCUGGUGCCCAAACUGAUUCAGUGGGGUGUGGGGAGAGAUGGGGUUACCAGAGAGUUCAGGUAAGGAAGACUACACAGCCUGUGGAAGUCCUAAAACACUUGAAGUGUGC